ACUAUUUUGCAUUCAUCCUGUGUACUUGAUGUAACAGCCGUCUUUUCAUAUGUGGUGGACAGUUUACUGUUAUAAGUCAGCUGUGUAAACUUUUUAAAAUUUUCUCAUUUUGUAGUAACCUGACUUUGUAAAUAUGAUUUCAUCAUAUGAACUUUUUUGCGUAUUUAAUUCCAUGUUAUUUAUAUAUUAUCCAUAGAGAGUUAUUUGGUUUUUUGUUGAAAGUUUUCGAAAACAGUUUCUGCACAUGAAUGACUAAUUCCUCUCUAUCGUUUAAUUAAUGCUAUUUAACAUACACCUUUUUGAGGUUGCUAAUAAAUCUUGAUCAGUGAAACAGGUUAGUAUAAGCAUUUCUAGAUAAGUCAAUUGAUUGAGUCUGGUGUGGCAUUUAGAAGUGUGAUCAAAUAAUCUUUUGCUUAGUGUAAUGUAAAUACUUAAAAUCUUAGUAACUUUUAAGUUCACAGUCUUGGUUAAAAAUUAAUUUUAUUUGGACCGGCCUCUGAUUUUGAAUACCUUAUGCAUAUAUUAUCUAUUUUAGACCCCUGGUUGACUUGGUUGAUGUCAGCUAGCGUAGAAAUAAUUUUUUAGAAUCGUGACGCUGGCUAUGUAAAUAUUCUUUGUUAUGUUUAAACUAAGACCUCUUGUGAACUGAUUUUUGGCCAGCUGCAGCAGUUGAGCUGUAUUUACAUAUAAUUUUCUCGAAAUCUUUAUCCUGAUACCGCCCGGUUGUUUCGUUCUGUGGUUCUUUUUUUGUCUUGAAGUACAUUAGAGUUUUUAUCCUAAUAAUUUCAUUUCAUUAUGACUCGUUUCUAUCUUAACAUAAAACGUAACGGUUUGAGCAAGAACACAUUUGUUCAGAGUCCCAUGUUGUCUAUGACUGACCGAUUGGUAAUGCACCUGUCAAUUUACUUUUACUACGCUUCUUGGAUUAUUUGGUACCAAACGUUGUUCAUGUUUUAUGUCACAACACUGAGUAUAUUUUACUCUUCAUAUGUCAUCAGAUUGAGAAAUUUUGUGCGGUAAAAUAUAUCUUAAGUAUCUUAGACCCUAGGUAGUAAUUCAAUAACAUCACACUCGCUUGUAAUAGAGGUAAGAAGAGUAAUCAAAGUGCCAACAUUUAUUAGCGUUGUUACUUCAUCUUUAUAACCAUGAAUAAACUGUUUUUGUAGUUUCACAAUCUUACAAUGACUGUUUCAGAGGAAAUACAAAUUUUUCCAAUCAACCCAGAAACAGUCUUUCUUGAUAAUCGCAUUUUUAAACCUACAUAGUACAUAAAUGAACAGACAUUUCUUCUUUCGGUGAUUGAGUAGGCAGUUCAAUCUAUAUAUCCGCAAGUAACUAAAUAAUUUGAAAUCUAUUAAACGUGAAAAAUAUUUAUUUAUAGGUAUAUCUCUUCCUUUUUAAAGGUAGUGAAGGAAAAUAUUGAAAUGUCUUAUCACUCAUUAAUCAAAGUACAAAUAACAUAGAUUCACAUGAAAUAUUUCUACAUAAACACAUAUCUAUGACACUUUUGACGUCAGUCAUCACAUAUGAGCAAGUUAAGGCCAUCAACCUAUAGGAUGCUUCUUACAUUUCGCCGUUUUUAUCAUAAACAUAAGCUAAUUGUAUACUAAAGGUUUGUGGUGAUAAAAUUUUGGCAUUUGGAUAUAAAAGGUGAUGAAAAAAGCACAAUGGUAUAUUUAAAGAUUCUUUACCGUAUAGUGUUCCUUUUUUGUUGGUAAGAUGAUAUGGACAAGUAGCAGACUAUUAUUAAAACUAAGAUUUAUUUCGAACUUUUUAUACUUUUUUUAUAGUGUUAUACUUGUAAGUAUCUGGACAUAUACUGCUCUUGUCCUAAACGUUUUUAAACUUAAAAUGAUUUUCUUUUUUCUUUAUGAUAAAGAAAAGUUACGUAAAAUAAUAUUUGGGAGUAGAUGUUCUAACCCUCAUUCUUUCUCAAUGAGAGCACAACAGAUUGACAGCCAAUCAACAACGUGGACUAGGCCAAAUUUAUGCGGACCGCCAGCGCUAAUGGAUCAGAAUACUUCUCAAGUUGUUCCUCCACAUUUAACAAACUCAGGUCAUCCGCAACAAAUUAUGCUACAACAUCAACAACAAAGAGGUUCUAAUCCUGUUUUUCAAAGCCCGUUAAACAUUAUACAAGCCGGACCAAUUAGAUCAGGCUUGCAAAAUCCCAGCCUUAUUUCACCAAAUCCAGCUUCCUUGGGUUUUAGACGACUAUUGGCAGAGAUGCGUACCAAGCAGUUUGAUUCCAUCCGCUUUGCGGCUUAUCGUACUGCGAGCAAGCUUAGAUUUAUUCAGCAGAGAACAUUAUUUAACAUAAUGGAUUUAUGGCGCGUUGUAGAGACAUUCAGAGAAUUCGGUUUACACCAAUUGAAUGAUCCUCAAGCAAGUUUAGAUUAUGGAAGUACAUUCCGAUUACUAUCACGUAUUUAUUCACAUAUACCUACAACGAAUAUGAAUAUGACUACCACAACUGAUGAAACUACAUCAACUAAUGUAAUCAAUCAACCUGCAAUAAUUAUUGCAGCAGAAAUCCUACUUGGUUGGCUUGGAUAUGCUUUGGACUUAUGUGCAACUGGCCGACUUAGCGUAACUGGACUAAAAAUCACCUUAUCAACGUUAACUAAUGCAAGACCAGCUGAUAAAUUUCGAUAUCACUUCACUCUUUUGUCCGAUCCCUCAGGUGCAUUAAUCUUCUCGAAAUUUGAGGCUUAUCUACAAGAUUUACUCAAAUUACCCAUAAGCGUUUUCGAAGGCACAAAUUUCUACUACACGCCACAAGCUUCACAAACAAUGUUUACUGGGCGUUCUAAAAACGUAGUCCUCGAAGAAUUCUUGGAUCGUAUGCUAUCUGAUCAAGGACCACAAGUAUUAGUAUGGCUUACGAUUUUUCACCGGUUAAUCAGUGUGGCGAAUGUCCGACAUAACGUACGAUGUGAGGGCUGCAAACGUGAACCUAUUUGCGGUCUACGCUACAAAUGUACUCGAUGUCCUCACUAUAAUUUGUGUCAAGAUUGUUUCUGGAUUGGCGUAACCACAGAUCAGCAUACAAAUGCACAUGAUGUGAAAGAAUAUAGUGCUGCCUCAAAAUCUCAUUCCCGUCAGUUUGGGCAUUCUUUGAGAAAAUCGUUUCAAUUUGGACGGGCCAUUACUAACUCCACAACAUCAAAUGUUGUUACUACAUCUUUCACAAGUAGCUUCAGUGAACGUCAGAAAUUUUCUGGCAUGAAUGUUGCUCGUCGUCCUCAUGUAGGAUCCAUAUUUGAAUGGAAUUCAGACCCUUCUGUACCAACCGGCAUCAUUUCUUGCGUAAACGGCAUUACUCCAUCCGUACCGAACGACAUUGCGACGGGUAUUUCUGCUAGAUGUCAUCCAGGCCAACCUGCUCCAAAUCAGAGAUUCAUGGCACCAGUGAAUACUAUUUGCAGUCCAUUACCAAAUCGGCGCUUGCAACAGCUCAAUCCUUUAUUUUUAGCAACUAGACCAAAUACUAACUUAUCUAAUAUCACAUAUGUACCUCCCCAAUCUGCAAAAGUUCAACCUUCCCCUAACAGUUUAAACGAAUCGAAUCAAGGAUCGAGUGGUGUUGCGCGAAGCUUAGUGGCUGUUACCAGCUACACAAAUGUAAUGCAGCAACAAGACUUGAUUACCUCAGACUAUGCAAGAGCCGGACAUAGUAUUUUAUAUUCUGAAAAACCUCCUGGUUCACACAUGACCAAUCUGUCAGGAGCAAAUCACCAACCACUACCUAUAUCAUGUUAUUCUCGACCUACCACAGAGUUUUAUUCAGUUGGCGGUAAUCAACAAUAUCAAUUAGCUACUACAAUAACUGGACUGCCAGCUGUACAAUCUACUCCCAUAGUAUCUGUGAUUAAUAGCGAUAAUUUAAAUAAUUCAAGCAUGGGAGCUAGUUUCUCGUUAAAAACACACAAUCUUGAUCAAAAAUCUAAUGAAGAACAUAAUUUAAUUGCUAGAUAUGCUGCUCAGUUAGCUGCUGCUUCAGCAUUAAACCAAGAAUUCGAUAAAUUCGGUGACUUUGUUGAAUCAACACAAACUCAGAAACAAUUAAUUGCUCAACUACAAGAAAAGAAUAGAAAAAUACUAAAAGAGAUCGAACGAUUACGAGUUGAACAGCAAAAACAAGCAGCAUUCAUUGCUGCUGCUGGUUCCCUCAAACAUGAUUCCUCUGAGUUACAAGAUGUUUGUGACGAAGGCGCUGGUACACUUAGCCCGACAAAUCUAAAACAAUACUUAAAAUCAGAUAAUUUAUUGGCUUCCGGAGUUGGCAAUUCAGUGAAUUCAGAAAAUCCCCGUUUGGUUGCUGAUCUACAGGCGCUUCGUCAAAGAAAAGAUGAACUGGAGUCGAGAAUGAGUAAUCUACAACGUAGUCGAACAGAUUUGAUGUUACAGUUAGAAGCAUUAGUAAGACUUUUAUCUGUCAGUACAGGAGCUACUAAUGCGCGUGAUAAUAAUCCUUCAGCGUUACUUGAUCUAAAUGACGUUCGCCGAACAGGUCAUAAUUCCCGACUGAAUCAAAAAGUUCCAGAUUAUCCACCAAGACGAAGUACAAGUUUAUGUGAUCCGUCAGUUGGAAGAGGUUAUCAAGACAAUUUCGCUUCAGAAAGUAGGCAUAAUGGGACGAAUGGUGUUCAUCCAAAACCCGGUUCCUCGGAUAAUAUGGGUAAAAUAUUUUCCCCCUUAAAAACAAUUACUAUUGAAGAAAAAGGUGGACAAUGGAAUUUUAAGUUUCCUGAUGAUAAAAAGCAUGAAUUACAUUCACCUUCAUCUAUUCCGUACAGACAUUCACCUGAAGUUGGCCAACAACGACCAUCAGAUACUCUGAUUGAAAAGUACAAAGAUUUAUUAUAUAAAGGGACAAAUACACAAAUUGGAGCGUCAAAAUCAUUAAGAGUUCAUUUCGGUGGGCGAAGACCUGAUAUAGGAACCUUAUCAGCUGAUGAGAAAACUGAGUUUUUUAGUCAUAAUUCAGUAAAUGUGAACAGAUUGUCAUCAAAUCAUUCAUCACAACAUACAAAUCACUCGGACAGCGGAUCGGACGCAUAUUUAUACUCAGAUCCUGAAUUAUGCUUUACAGUCAUCACAUCUACCUGUGGUUCAUCGCAAUCUAGCACUUCAGCACCACAAAGAACAUUACAAUUACCACAAUUCCAUUCUAUAACUCCGUCAGCUGCUAAAAGUUCAACAAAAUCCAAAGAUUUUUUAGACCUUUUAAACGAUAAAAUUAUAACAACAACUACAAUUGUAGAUAAUUAUGAAUACGCUAGUUUACAGUCAUCAUCAAUCUCACCAUUAUCAUAUUCGUCAAAUGAGCAUACUAAAAAUGUGAGAACUAACGUUAUUUCAAACAUUCCAGCUACAACUAAUCCUUAGUUACCGAAGCCGUACUCAGCAGUUAUUGUGAUCAUACUGAAUAUAUAUGUAUAUAAAAUAGGACAAAAUAAUUGAUUAUUCUACAAUCAUACUCGAGUAAUGCUUCACGGAAAUGAACUCUCAUUUGAUUUUAAACAUAAAGGCAGAAAAUACAAAUCCAUAUCAUGAGCAAUAAACAAACGGAUCUUGAAAAUUUUGAUUCAUGUUUCAUCUCAAGCUUAUCAGAAUAAGGGAAAAAUCAUUUCUUUUUGUUUCUUAUCUUAUUUCCUUUAACUUACUCUCUGUUUUUAUCGUUCACUGAUAGUCAUAUGUAUUGUUGAUUGAAGAUUAUCAAUGUAAAUGUAAUUGUUUUCUCUAUGUAAACAAGCAGUUGUUAUGCUUUCAAUUAUGUUUGUUGUACGUAAAAAAUGUUUUCGUUACACUCAUUCUCCUAUUUAUCGCUUAAUAAUUUACCUAAAAUUUAUAAAAUUCUACAUUAAAGAUAAUCAUGAUAAUGGUGUUAUUGUUUGCGAAUGAAGUAGAUAUUGACUACAAAAUAAACAGACUACCUCUUGUUUUCGUUUAUUAUAUAUUCACCAGAUCGAGAUCAGCAUUAUUCAACUCGUAUUAAACAGAUUUCAUUAAACAAACAGCAAGAUGUCGAACAAAAUUUCUUAUGAAAGUGAAUGUAUGUGAGAUAUUCUUGUUUUUACUUAUAAAUUUCGUAUUCAUUUCGAAAAUAGUUUCUCAUUAUUAUUUUUCGAUAUUCUGUCACAUAAGAGAACACAAAUGUAAAAUCAUAUCCCAGAUGGAAAUAAUGAUGGUUUAUUUGGACUUUAUUUCGUUUCCUUAUAAUGAAUUCAAUAAUUGUAUUCAGUAAAAUAGAACAAAUGCGUUAUUGAAAUAAUAAUUAUUAAUCUAUCUAUCACUGGAAUUGUGACAUUAUUUAUUUGAAUAAAAUAGUCAUCAGUCAUUCAUUAACCUUCUUUU